AUGGACAUUGUGGAUCGGCAUUUGCUGGCGGAAUGUGACUUGGGCAACCUUCUUUAUGAUGACAAAGCCCCUAUUGAGCCAAGAAAUCUGUAUGUUUUUCCGCUUUGUAGUUAAUUUGUCAUAGCACGUCGUCCUAUAUCCAAGAGCUUACACUUAGCUGCACGCAAAACUUCUUGAAACAAUUUUGGAGUGUAAUUCCCGGUUUAUCAUGAUCAGAAUAUUUUAGCUUCCAACUGAACAAACUGACGACGUCCUGGUGACUUUGGUAUGCAUUCGAAACAUUUGUCAUUCCUUUAUAAACUAUAGUUACCCGAACCCCGUUAUCGUCUUCCUCGAGAAAAACAAGUUGUUGCAUUUUGUCCUCAGUUAUGGUCCAUUAGGUCCCUAAAGUUCGAGAAUUAACGCGCUGGGAGAGGUUUGCCCGUCUAAAGGGCAUAACUAAACGCAAGAAGCCUCGGAAAGUGUGGGACGAGUCCAGCCAAAGUUGGAAGGCUAGGUGGGGCAGAGACAGGAUUGAUAGCAAUAAAGACAAAUGGGUUAUCGAAGUUCCAGACAAUGCUGGUAAGCCUCGUAUUUAUUAACAACUCUCCUUUCAGAUCCAUACGAAGACCAGUUCGAGAAAGCUACGAAGGAAAGGAACGAGCGUAGGGCUAAAAACGAGUUUUCUAGACUUAAGAAUAUUGCCCGCUCUACUAAAAAAGGGCAGGGUAAGUCAUUUUGGCUUUUGUUCAUGCAUUCACAAGAUUUGCCAAGAGCCGUAUUUUUUCACUCGAAAUCCCUGCGUCGAAACCUGUCCAAGCCAAAAAAUAGCGCUUCUCUCUGUCCUGUCGCUUAUCAUCAUAGUAGGAAGGCAGCUCCUUCUUGCACUAUGAAUAUCUCAAAAUGCAUGCUGGCCAGAUUGUUAUAAUCCCAAAUAAGUCCUGUAUAAAGUCGCAUCGGUCAACUGGAUCACGGUGCUAAUUGCGGUGGCGAAGAUCCACUGUCCAAAUCUAAAAGUAGCACUCUUUCCAUCCAAGUGUCAAACCCUAACAGUUGAAAAGCCGAAAUCUCUUCUCAGUCCAGGGACGCUGAAGUUCCUUAAAGCAGCUGCCUGAACAGUGUGCUAUGACUCGGUCUCAGUAUUUAUAUUAACCAGAAAAUCUACUACCUGUUGCCGAUACAUUUCGAUAAGUAGCCCAUCCCUCAUGACCAUGGUCCUCAUUAGCUUGCAGGCGCAGUUUCCACACCUCCCUUAAAGUCAUCUCCAAUUUUAAGUUUGUCGCUUCUACGACUGGUCAUUAGUCCAAAGAGAAGUAAAUUUUUCCAUGUCGGGUCGACAUUCAAAGUGCCUAUUCCGUUUCGUCGGACUGCUUUUGAUCAUCUGCCUCGUCCCUCAGAGUUAUGUCCAGUUUUCUAAGGAUUGUUUCAUCGUCAGCUAGUAACUAUCUUAUACGGAAAGAGACUUAUCUCAAGAAACCUUAGCGGUAAAUCCGGUAUGUGAUUUUUGGUAAGCAAAGACUAUUUGGACAUUAUGGCAACGUUGAUUAUCGUUUAACCUAGUACCCAGCUAUUUCGUCAUCUCAGGAUGACGGCUCCCGAAUGCGUUUUUCGGCCGCCUGUAAAGAUCGCACUUUAGUAAUAUGAACUUCCCGAUUGAUUUACGGCGCCCUCACAAAUUUAAACUUCGUAAAAACCUAUACACCCUCCUUCCUUGCGUGAAGUGUGGAAUUAUUCGGGAAUUGAAAAACGUAUUUAGAAACGUUAAGGAGUUAGAUCCUUCACUGCCUUGUUUAGUUUCCGAGGAUAUUAAAGCGCAAACUUAGAGUAAAUCCUUCGGAAAGGAGUUUUUCCGGAACGGUCCGAAAUUUGAUGCGAGUAUUCGAGCUGAAAUCCAUUAGCUACAGCGGAAUAACCGCGCAAUACCCACAAACUGCCAACAGGCAGCCAGUUGACUUGUGUAAUUAUUUACCGUACUGACAACACAAGUCUAUAUUACUGGCUGUCUGCUGGUGGUUUGUGGGUAUUGCGCGGUUAUUCCGCUGUAGCUAAUGGAUUUCAGCUCAAAUAUUCAUAUCAAAUUUGGGACCGUACCUGAAAAGGUUUGUUUCGAAAGAUUUACUCCGAUUUCGCGCAUGAAUUUAAUCGGAAAUUAAACAAGGCAAAGUGAAACGGGUUCAUAUACCAGAAAACACGCGGGGAAGGCUGGGGGACCCACCGAUGAGCCAAACCCCUCGCAGCUGCGUCAAGCAGUGGCACAAGAUCGGCGAAAAACGCUUGUGUGGGCUUUUAACUUGUACCUGUGUUGUCAGUACGGUAAAUAAUUACACUAUUAGAUCCUUCCCGAUAACUGAGGUCCGGUCAUUUGCACGUCCACAAAAAGGACCAAAAUGAGACGCGAUAUCUAGGAACAAAUUUGAUUGACAUUUCUGCAUGUGUUUUUAUCGAAAACAUUCAGCGGUUUGUGUUGCAGUAAGGAAACCAAGCCAGUUCUCAGCUGGGCAUGGCUAUUCAGCAUCGGUUCACAUUAGUGUUUUGAAGUAAUAGGAGGAGUGUAACCAGGGCACAAUGCCUCCUUAAUGUGAUCUCUAUUGCGCUCUCGUUCAUGUGAUACCCGAGCCGCCUUUAAAGGAGCCUAAUAUACGUAUUCGGGAUCAGGUCGUGUGGCACGCGCAUGCGGACUGUUUGGCUUUAUUAGCCACUGCGCCCACAUCCACCUCUAGCCUUUUUGACAUUAUCUUAACAUCGGAUUGAAGUGAGUGACAGUAUGGUAGAUGCUACGCAAGUCUGCCUCAUAAACUAACUCGGUGCUGCCUCCACUGUAUAGGGCGCGCAGUGGACUUCGUCGUUUGCGAUGGCCCAACUGUCGCCAGAUGACCAAGUUAAAUGGUCUACCUUCAAAAAUUGUUACCGUCACUAAAAGCUCUUGCGACUUUCACAUGCGCUGACACCUUCACUGUGAAAUUGUCCGAGAUUAGGCAGCCGAGGUAAACUUGUUCACAAUAACAAGACCACGACCAGUGACGGUGCCUGUGACUUCCGUGUACUCUAUAGUUGGUUCCGCCUGAUGUUUUCAGUGUUUUAUUGACGUUAGUGUUUAGUAUAGAGUAUGUGCACCCGGGCGACGGAGAGCUUCAAGCUCGUUUGUGACUCGCGGUGACGUUAAGCGCGCAGUUAUCUGCGAACAGAAGAUCGCGGAUCUUCAGAAGAUGAAGAUGCGAUCACUGGAACAAGAAUCGCAUCUUCAUCUGAACUGCUACCUGGAACUCGCCUGUUCGCUUCUAUCAGCAAUUGCGGAUCUUGUUUUUGGGCAUGUGCAAAAGCUUCCACUCUGCUUAGUACCUGGUGUCGAUUCCAAGGCGUUCGUUUUAUGCGGUUCAAAAUAGUUGGGGCACGCACUGAACACUGCUUCACGCCAUUCGAGGUUGGUCUGCCGUGAAGGUCGCGCGCCAGCAUACGCUCGCACAAUCGACUCUUAUGCACCAAUUUUUUCCAAUAUUCGAACCGUUUUAUUCCCCCCUCCACAAUCCACUCGGGUUUACCAUGUUGAAGACCAAUACAAGCGAAGAUGCGAGUUCCAGAAACCGAUCACUGGAACAAGAGCUUUAUUGGCCUGACGUUUCGGAUUCUCACUUAAACCCAUUAUCAGAGAUAGUGGCAGAAACGGGUGAUUCGUGCACAGAAGAUUACACUAUUUAUAGGAUGCAGCCGCUGUGCCGCUGCAUCUCUAUGAUACUUAACCGCUCUCCUCUUCAGCGAGAAUUGUUGCCCGCUGGUACGCUGAUUGCUUGAUGGCCGGCAUGCAAGUUGUUAAUUGCCGAAAUCCACUCACCCGUUCUGGAUGCUGAUGUGAUGAUUGCUCGGCCAUCUGACUCACCGGCCUGCGCGCUCCCCGAGAGGUUAAUUACUUUGGCCAGACUAUGCCUCAGAUCCGAAACUGGAGUGAGGAUGUCGCCGCACUUGUUGAUAGAUUGGGGUCCCGUGAACCAUGACUCAAGCAGUUCGCGCGAGAAUUUUGCCCCAUCGAACUUGAAUGUGUGGCCAGGUCUCGUCGAAUGGGCUGUGUCCUGAGAGUUGGCGUCAUUUCUCCGCACCGCUGCUGCGUGUUCGGCGAUUCGCGUCUGGAGCAGUCUUCCAGUUUCUCCGACGUAGUUGCUUUGCCUGCAACUGCACAGAUCCGGCAAACGACUCCGGAUGUUUCUUGCCGUGGCAAUGGGUUUUUGGGUCCCAUCACCUGACGCCUUAUCGCGGCCUCAGGUCUGUGUGCAACUCCAACCCCAAGUGGUGCAAGAAGGCGACUAACGGCCUCGGAGACUUUCUUCAUGUACGGGAUCGCUCGCCAGAAUUUGGGGUCGGUACGAUUUUGUCGCUCCUCUACUUUGCGCAUGCACCGGUUGACGAAGUUGCGCGUGUUAUCGUUUUCUCUGAAAACCCAUCGAAGAUAUUAGAAUUCGGCGGCCUUGUCUUCCGGUUCACUGCAGUGCGUCUCAACACGCCGAUAUAGCGUCCUUACGCAAUUGCGUUUGUGACUCAUUAGGCGGUUGUUGUUGAAGUUCAGUAUUUGUGUCGUGUUCGUCGCUUUCCUGAACACUUUGGUCUUUAGGUCACCGCAAUCCUAUAAAACUGCAUCAAAAUCGUUCAUAAGUAAGCAGAUGCACAGAAAUGCACCACAGGCCGAGUUUUCGGUCGCGUGCCACACUGGUGAACUGAUUUUGUACCAGCUGUCGAAGGAGACUCAAAUCCCAUACCACCCGGACGCUCCAACUAGGACCACAGUUAAUUUGCAUUCUGCGGGGACUUUAUACCCGUCCGGUGCUUUAAGCUUGUUUUCUUAUGGCGUUCCCUCUAGAUUUUCCCUUCAGCACCAAGAAAUUAGCUUAUCCUCUGGACGUGUCCCUGAUUCAUCCUCCUGUGUCUAUUUCUGCCGAAAAUGCACUUUUCAUCCUAAUCAUUUUAGCUCCUCCUGUGGGCGUCCAGCCAGAGGUGGAUGCCUCCAAGAACCAUCUGAAUCGUGCGCUGGACAUUGCCAAACGCUCGGACGCAUCCAUGGGUCUGUUUUCAAAAGAAAUAAAUGAACAGAAAAUUGCCUCGAAAACAGAGUAGGUUACCCUCUCUGGGGAACUUCUAAUCACUCUUUUUUCGUGAAGGAAGAAACACACCAAGCGCAAGAAGGGUGGCAAACCAUCCAAAGGGUCGGGCCGGCACGUUAAAGGCAAGAACAAGGGACAUAAAAAGAAAUCAAAGAAAUGA